UACAUCUUGCUGCUCCAUCUCUCCACUCUUUUUUCCUGCCUGCUCACUUCGUCCUUAUCCCAGGUGCUCAAUCCACCGUUUUUAAAGUUUUUUCUUUUUUUUUUCGAGGUUUAGAUUCUAUUUUAUCACUUCCUCUACCCUAAGAUGUUGAGUGGAAGCAUGCAAUUUUUGUCAGUAGAGCUUUUUGGGACUACUUGCUCAUCUUUCCUUGUAAUUGCUCUCCUGUAUCUCGAAGGAAGAAAAAGAGUUUGAUACUUCAUUCAAUAUUGAUUCCCUUCAUUCAGUGUUGAUAGAGGAUUCUCCAGAACAGAGCUGUUAAUGCUGCCCUUUUAUCUGGGAAAGGAGGUGAUACAUGAAGAUUGACAAUUAGAAUAUUUCUGUUCAGCUCAGCCAGGUGUAUAAACAUGUCAACCAUCAGGGUUUACCAGAGAAAAUUCAAGAACAGGGAACUUGGCCGUCAAAUUGAAAAGCUUCCUGAAGUGCAUGGCUAUUGGAUUCCAGAAACACCUGCAAAAACUAAACCAGCCAGACUACAGAAAGUGUAUACUAAAAGGUGCCUGAAAGGCAACUUAGGAAAAAGUUCUCUGGCGCAGAUUUCUGAAGUGGAGGCUCGUGGUAGGGCUUCUCCAGACAAAAACAAUGAGGAAAAAGGACAUAAAUCUCAAUGUAGUUCUGAUGACCUGAUUGAUCUGAACAAGAGUAUUAGUGAUUGGGAAGAUGUUGUAAUUGCUCCUGGUGGUUCUAAGGACUCUGGAUAUUCAGGAGAACCUGCAUGUUUUGUUGUCAACAGUUCUGGAUGUUCAGGGGAAGAAGGAGACUUCAGUUGUCGGGAGGCACUUAGCAGUCUGAGUGAUAUAAAGGCUUGUACUAAUAAUGUGGCUAGACAUUUAGAUUUCGGCACCUCAGGGGAGUCAAAUGAAGGCCUUUAUGAAUGGAAUGCACCAUUGAACAGCACUACUUCUGCAGGGUUCUUGAAUUGUCCCAGUGUAGCUCCUCCCUUUCAAGAAUCUGAAACUGCAACAACCCAAGGUGAAGCCUCUCAAGAAUCCUCAAAUGCUCCAAUAAAAGACGCAAUUGGCUGGAUAACUGUUUCUUCUUUUAAGGUUUCAGCUUCUAGAAUUGACAGAAACACUGUAGAACUUAGUACAGAGAACUUUUUACCUGAAAGCCAUAAUCUCUUGCACAACUUAGAUGUGGAUAAUGAUACAAGCAACACAGGAUCUCAUGUAACUCGGUGUGGUCAAGAUAAAGUUUCACAAGAAGUUGAGUGCUUAGAGCCAGCAACCCCAUUGUUGAAGCACAAUAUCAACAAAAGACCAAGAAAUGUCACAGAUGUGAACCAAAGGCCGCUGAAGAGAUCCAAAAAUAGGAAACAUAGACAUAGGCCCAAAAUUGCUGGUCAAGGUAGAUCCAAAAGAACUGUCAAGAAUUCACCUGUAAAAAACAAGGAGAAGAGGAAUUAUGUGGUGAAGAAGGAAAAGAAGAACCAUGUUAGAAAAACUGAGUCCAUGAAAAAGGGGGAAACAAGUACCCAACAAACCUCAACUACAGAGUACUGCACUAACAUUGUUGUUGCAAAUUCGAGCUUAUUGAGUGUAGUAAAACAACCAAAUGAUGAUAACAUGAUGGAAAUUGUGAAACCAAAUAUGGGUGUACUAGAAGUUGCUGUUACAGGAUGCCAGUCAAGUGAUGACAAAGUGAGGCUACCAACUGUGUCAAUUGUAUCUGAACUUGCUGCAAGCCAUGCUAGUGAUAUGAAGUCAACUAUGCAGUCUAAUGUGGGUUCUUUUGGAGGGCAAAAGUUGUUGAAUGAUCUUGACUUGCAAGUAAAUUCAUUCAGAUGGAGCAUUCAUGGAACAAGAUCAGCGAGGGAUUAUUGUAGGAAUCCUUAUGUAAGGAACCAAACUGGUUUCCAAUUCCAACACAGGCCCUCAUGGGUUCAUCAGAUGCCAUUUAAAGUAAAUCAUUGUCUCAGCAAUAUUAGAAAAGUUGAACCUAAUUUCCCAAAGAGAAGCAGGAGGAGGAGGAUCAAAAGGCAGAGAAAAUCUAUUGUGUCCAUUUCAGGUUUUCUCCGCUUCCAUGGUUGCAUAAAAAAGAAGAGAUCGAGACGGUUUAUUCCAAGAGCAAAUUUGUCUUCCCUUGCAAUAAUUCAAAUAUGUACACGUCCACUGAAAGUAUUCAAGAGAAAGAGUAGUGUUACCCAUAAAGGUGGGUUGGUGAACAAAAUUAUUGAGAAGUUUAAGAAGCUAAAGAUCAGUGAUAUAAGUGCUAUAGUUCCUCAUCAGGGUUCUGAUUCUGCCAAAAAACCAAAACCAAAGAUUGUUCUAGACCCAGAGACAGUUAGACGGUGGAAUCAGCUGAUGAAAAUAGAUGAUGAUGCAGGUGAAGAAAAAGUAGACGAAGAAAAAGAAAAAAAGUGGGAAGAAGAAAGAAAAAUUUUCCGUGGACGGGUAGAUUCAUUUAAUUCUAGAAUGCAUCUAGUUCUAGGAGAUAGAAGGUUCAAACCGUGGAAAGGAUCAGUAGUGGACUCAGUGGUAGGAGUAUUCUUAACUCAGAAUGUUUCAGAUUUUCUUUCAAGUUCUGCUUACAUGUCACUUGCUGCGAAGUGUCCUGUUCAAUCAACAAGUAAUAAAGAAGCAUCCGCUGAUGACCUGGAGAACAAGAAUAGCCAGGAAUCCACUAGAAGUAACGUCUUGUACACUGGAGAAACACAAGUUUCACAUGGUAACCAAUAUUUUGUCACUGAUCCUGAACACGAAACCCCAGUGGAUAUGGUAGAAGGAACAAGUUUGGUAGAUAUUGAAGACAUUGGAAAUACCAUCUUACCUCAGGAAUAUUGUAGACAUGAAAGCGAAGUACAAAGAUAUGAGAACCCGGGAAAUGCAUCAAGUGGGAUGGAGAGUUUGAAUCCAAGAUCAAACUCAAAGAGCUCAGAAGCAGAAGUUGGGAUGAAGGGAAAUUUGCACACACAAAGUGAAUUGAAUGAAAUCCAGUUAAACAUUCUUAAUUUGGUAAAAAGCAUUCGUAGUGCUUUGAAACGAGCUGCCAAUAAGACAAGAAAGACUACGGGAGGGAAGAAAGAGAAUGAUAAGGAGAAAGAAGUAGAAAAGAGGGAUUGGGAUAGUUUGAGAAGAAUAUAUUCCAGACCAAGAGCUAGGAACCAAACAGAUUCGGUGGACUGGGAGGCAGUUAGGCAGGCACCCUUAACUGAGAUUGCUGAAGUCAUUAAAGGAAGGGGCCAACAAACUAUUAUUGCAAAAAGAAUUCAGGACUUCCUCAAUCGAGUAUAUGAAUAUCAUGGAAGCAUUGACUUGGAAUGGUUACGUUAUGCACCACAAGAUCUUGUGAAGGAAUACCUGUUGGAGAUACCAGGAUUGGGCUUGAAGAGCGUGGAAUGCGUACGGCUUUUGGCGCUCAAAAAUAUUGCUUUCCCUGUUGACAUAAAUGUUGCUCGAAUAUCAGUGCGUUUAGGAUGGAUCCCCUUGGAACCACUCCCUGGAGACCUUCAAUUUCACCUUUUAGAAGAGUACCCGGUGAUGGACUCCAUUCAACAAUAUCUCUGGCCCCGACUAUGCGAACUUGAUCAAAAAACAUUGUAUGAAUUGCACUAUCACAUGAUAACUUUUGGAAAGGUUGUUUGCACAAAGAAAAAUCCAAAUUGUGGUGCUUGUCCAAUGAAAGCAGAGUGCAGACAUCUUGCUAGUGCGAUUGCAAGUGCAAAUCUUUCCCUGCCAGGCCCUUCAAAGAAAGUUGAAGAGAGAUAUAUGGUUCCUAAAGUACCUCUUGGAAACUCUAAUUUGGUUGGAAACAGUGUGGUUGUCAAUCCAAUAUCAGUGUCACUUUUAGAGUCUAACAAAACAUUGGAAUCUGAGGUAAGAACCCAAAAUUGUGAACCAAUCAUAGAAGAGCCUAAAUCACCACUGCAUGAGCAGCAAAUUGAAGAUAUUGUAAGUGAAGAUAUUAUUGAUGAUGAAGAAGAAAUCCCUACUAUCCAACUCAACAACGAGACUUUCAAGGAGAAUUUAUACUACUUUAUGGACAAGUAUGGGCCCAAUUUCCAAACUGGUAGUUCAUCAAGAGCUUUAGUUCCUGUAUCUGUGACUGUUGAUUCAAUUCCAAUUCGCAAAUUGAAGCAGACUAGCCGCUUGCGGACGGAACAUCAAGUCUAUGAAAUUCCCGAUAAUCAUGAACUUCUGAGAGGGCUAGAGAAACGAGAAUGUGGUGAUUCGUUGCCUUACCUUCUUGCUAUAUGGACAGCAGGUGAAACUCCAGAUUCCUGUGAACCACCUAAGAAAAGAUGCAAUUCUCAAGGACCAGAACUUUGUAAUGAUCAAACAUGCUUUUCUUGUCAAAGUAUUCUGGAAGACAGAGCUAAUAUAGUUCGAGGAACAAUUUUGAUACCUUGCAGAACGGCAAUGAGAGGAAGAUUUCCACUUAAUGGCACGUACUUUCAAGUUAAUGAGGUAUUUGCUGACCAUGAAUCCAGUUACAGUCCAAUUAUUGUGCCUAGGAGUUUAAUAUGGCAACUAAAGAGGAGGACUGUAUAUAUUGGGACAUCACCAUCUUCAAUCUUUAGAGGAACUAGAUCAAUAAGAGACAUUCAAGAAAAUUUCUGGAGAGGUUUUAUUUGUGUGCGAGGAUGGGACACAAAAACGCGUCAACCGAAACCUCUUUCCAAAAGAUUCCAUUGUCCACCUAGUAAGAUGGAAAGGGCUGGAAAAAGUACCAAUAUGCGAGAAUCGGUACUAAUUAAUGGCACCUCAAGCAUGUCUUAUGGUGGUGGCUCCUAGUUCUUGUACAUAAUUUGCAACUACCUUUGAGAUUAUGUUCUACUAGCAUUCAAAAUAGGAUUUUUUUUCAUUCCCAUUUCUCUUGGAAAAGGGUUUUUGUUGAACUUGAAGCCAUGACUUUCAAUCUAGGAUUAUUAUUGGGUGUACUAAUUAUUAGACCUGGCCAGGGUUUUAUUAGGCACCCACUCAUUUUUAAGAAAUUAUCAUUUAAAUUCUUUAAUAUCACAGUGUUUGUUUUC